GCCCCUUCCAGCCCCCUAACUCCCCCUUCUGGCCAUCCAGCUCCCUUUCCCCCCCACAACUCCCCUGGCUCCCCCUUCCAGCUCCUCCUCCACCCCACAACUGCCCCCAUCUCCAGCUUCCAGGCCCCAGCUCGUCCUCCACCCCACAACUCCCCCUUCCAGGCCCCGCAGCUCCCCCGCGCCCCCCCGGCUCCCCUCCCAGCCCCCCGCCAUGGCGUCGGGCGUGGAGCUGCUGCGGUUCCAGCUGCCGGGGCACGAGGCGGCCACGCUGCGGAACAUGAACCAGCUGCGCUCGGAGGAGCGGUUCUGCGACGUGACCAUCGUGGCCGAGAGCCUGAAGUUCCGGGGCCACAAGGUGAUCCUGGCGGCCUGCUCCCCGUUCCUGCGCGACCAGUUCCUGCUGAACCCCUCCUCCGAGCUGCAGGUCUCCCUCAUGCACAGCGCCAAGAUCGUGGCCGACCUGCUGCUCUCCUGCUACACCGGCGCCCUGGAGUUCGCCGUGCGCGACAUCGUCAACUACCUGACGGCCGCCAGCUACCUGCAGAUGGAGCACGUGGUGGAGAAGUGCCGCAACGCCCUCUCCCAGUUCAUCCAGCCCCAGAUCGGCCUCAAGGAGGACGCCCCCCCGGCCAAGGGGGGCGCCGCCCGGGCGCCGGCCGGCCCCUCGGCCCAGGAGCGGGCCCGGCACCGCCUGCCAGCCUGGCCCCUGAAGCUGGAGCUGGAGGAGCUGGAGCUGAAGGACGAGGAGGAGGAAGAGGACUACGGGGACGACGACGGCGUCUCCGACAUCUGCAUCGUCAAGGUGGAGUCGGCCCUGGAGGUGGCGCAGCGGCAGAAGGCAGCAGGCGGCGGCGGUGGCGGCCUGGGCCAAGGAGGGGGCCCCGCCGCCCGGCUGGGCCAAGGAGCAGCAGGGCCGGCGCCGCCCGAGCCGGCCCCGCAGGGCGUGGUCAAGGCCUGCUACAGCCUGGCCGAGGACGCCGAGGGCGAGGGGCUGCUCAUCUUCCCGGGGGGCACCUACGCGGAGGAGGGCGGCGGGCGCCCCGGGGCCGGGCGCGGGGGGCCGGCGGGCCCCCACCCGCUGCGCAGCAUCCGCUGCGCCAAGUGCGAGGAGGCCUUCCAGGGGGUGGAGAAGCUGGUCUUCCACAUGCGGGCCCAGCACUUCAUCUUCAUGUGCCCGCGCUGCGGCAAGCAGUUCAACCACAGCAGCAACCUCAACCGGCACAUGAACGUGCACCGGGGCGUGAAGUCCCACUCCUGCGCCGUCUGCGGCAAGAGCUUCACCCAGAAAUCCACCCUGCACGACCACAUGAACCUGCACAGCGGGCAGCGCCCCUACCGCUGCUCCUACUGCGACGUGCGCUUCGCCCACAAGCCCGCCAUCCGCCGCCACCUCAAGGAGCAGCACGGCAAGACCACCGCCGAGAACGUGCUGGAGGCCAGCGUCUCCGAGAUCAACGUCCUGCUGCCCUAGGGGCGCCGGGGCUCCUGGGUUCUCGCCCCGGCUCCGGGAGGGGAGUGGGGUGUAGUGGUUAGAGCAGGGGCGCUGGGAGCCAGGACUCCUGGGUUCUCUCCCUGGCUCUGGGAGGGGA